GCAUGAGAGUGAGCACUCCCUGCGCAUGGCGGUGGAGGCAGACCUGUGUGGGCUGCACAAGAUCCUGGACGACGUGAGCCUGGCCAAGGCCGACCUGGAGGCCCAGCAGGAGUCCCUGAAGGAGGAGCAGCUCUGCCUCAAGAGCAACCACGAGCAGGAAGUGAACACUCUGAAGUGUCAGCUGGGAGAUAAGCUCAAGAUUGAGCUGGACGUGGUGCCCACUGUGGACCUGGGCAGGGUGCUGGAGGAGAUGCGGGGCCAGUACGAGGCCAUGGUGGAGACCAACCUCCGUGACGUGGAGCAGUGGUUCCAAACUCAGUCUGAAGGCAUCAGCCUGCAGGCCAUGUCCUGCUCAGAGGAGCUGCAGCGCUGCCAGUCAGAGGUCCUGGAGCUUCGACGCACGGUGAACACCUUGGAGGUGGAGCGCCAAGCCCAGCACAACCUGAAGGACUGUCUGCAGAACUCGCUGUGUGAAUCUGAGGCCCGCUUCGGCACUGAGCUGGCCCAGAUGCAGAGCCUCAUCAGCAAUGUGGAGGAGCAGCUGUCAGAGAUCCGGGCUGACCUGGAGCGGCAGAACCAGGAGUACCAGGUGCUGCUGGAUGUCAAGGCCCGGCUGGAGUGUGAGAUCAACACGUACCAGAACCUUCUGGAGAGUGAAGACUGCAAACUCCCUUGCAAUCCCUGCUCUACGCCUGCCUCUAGAACCCUUCAUCCCAGCAGUGCUCUGCCUGCCUGCACCAGCACUAAGAGCCAGUUCUGA